UCCAAGCUUGAAACCGUUAUAACUUAUAACCUUUAAAGUUGGGUGUUAUUUUGUUAAGGAGACACUUAGAUAAAUGGGAGGAUUCAUGGUUUCCGCCACCAUCACCACCUAAGAGUUGCGAGAUUCAAGCUCCGUUUACAAAACACAGAGUUCCAAAAAUAAAUAAACCCUAGUUUUCCACCACAAACCUUUGGAGAUUACUUUCCUUGACGUGCACGCCUCUUCUCUUUUUUAUUCAUCUCUUUUGAUCUCAAGGUAGCUUCAAAAGGCGUUAUUUGAUUUGUGGAUGAUGGCAACGACGUCUAGUACAGCGAAAAACAAACCAGACAACCAAAACCUCACCAGAUCAAGAUCUCUUGGUCCAAAGCCAAAGCAGUUACCAUCAUCGGAACCUAAAACGACCACAGAUGGAUCUGGUCGGAAACAAGUUGAGAAGCCCUUGCCCAAUUAUCUGAAACCAACAGCCAGCUCAAGACCUGACCCUGUCAAGUUCUUGAGGAAGAACAAAGCUGUCCAAGACAAUCCGAAGCUUCUUCGUCGACGAUCCUUUGAUCGUCCUCUUUCGUCUUCAUCAACUCAUAAGCCUCUUAAUACCUCUCCUCAAGCACGCCCACGAGAUAAACCUGCGGUUCCAAGAGAGAACCCUGUCACUGGUCUGCGUUCUACAUCUUUCCAUGGAAGCAGCAGAGGCGGCCUCAGAGGAAGCACUACGGUGAAAUCUCCUCCUGUGGCUUCAAGAGGACCUCCGGGUGUAAAGAAGAGCGGUCUGAGCGGUAACAGUUCUUCCAAGAGUAAGAAGGAACGUUCUGAGAAUGUUCUAAAGAAAUCUUCGGGGAAAGAGAUUACCCCGGAAUGUUCUCCUCCUGCGCCUGCUCAUGAGGAUGUAGAAGAGAUUGUCAAGGUUGAGAUUGAUGUACAAGUUUCUGACCACAUAGAAGAAGAUAAAGAUCAGGUUGCACAACCCAAUGAAUCCACAGAAGAAGAAAAGGGAGAGCUGGUCAAUGAGGAACAGAUAGAGGAGCAGAAAGAACCAGAGAACACUGAAGAAAACAGCAGUGAAGACAAGGAAGUUGUUGAAAAGAGAGUUGAUGUUGAGGAGAAUAACGAGACAGUUGUUACUCCUGAUAUGAAAGAAGCUGAGAUAGAGGCAGAAGCCAAAGAAGAGGAGAGCGAAGGCAGCAAAGUGAAAGAAGGAACAACAGAGACAAAGAAGGAAGUGGUGAAAGGGAAGAAAGGGUCUCCAACAGCAUACAACGAUGUAAUAGCAAGUAAGAUGCAAGAGAGCUCGAGGAAGAACAAGGUCUUGGCUCUCGCUGGAGCCUUUCAAACCGUUAUCGACUAUGAAACUGCUGCUUCUAAGUGAUAUACUUUCAUUUAUAUCACAGACACAGACUUCAACCGUGUCUUGUUAGCUUUCAUAUGUCGGUGCUUUCAUUGUUGUUCUUGUUGCUUUUAUUUCUUGUUUUUGGAUUAGUAUCAAAUGUUGAACAAAUGAAUCAUAUCAAUGCUUCAUAGCAAAAUGUUGGAC